CGCGCGGAAAGAAGACCGAGCGACCUGAGACAGAUCCACCAGGAUCCGUCCGGGGAGAAGGGGGGAGCUGCGCGGGUCGUUUAUGUCAAACAAUUCUUUACCGGGACACAUUUUGCGCGCUGCGGUGGGAGGACGCUUACUAUUUGUAAUGCUGAAAUAUGAGAGAACGGAACCGGGGCGGGUGAAGGCACAUGGGAGAGGACUGUCCGUGUACUCUGGGCUCUGAAAGAAGAGGAAGAGAAAAAAAAGAAGAAGACGAGAGCUGCUUGGAUUUGGCGAAGCGGGAUGAUCAUAAAAAGUUGAUCCUUGGCUCCAGACGAAGCUCCGCGCAGAUACGUUGACUUGAGGGAAGUGAAGGCGCACGCUCUUCAUUGUUCAUUUAACUUUUUUCCUCAGAGGCUCCAGACUUCCUUGAGAGGAGAGAGAGCCGAUACUCACGCUAGUGACUCGGGGACUGAGGACACAAUGUUGCGCUGGUCGUUGACAGCUUUGAGCCUUUCGUGGACUUUGUUCAUCUGCGACGUGAGCACCAGUUCUGCACAAGAAAGACAGGGUUACUUGGUUGCUGCACCCUCAGUGUUUCGAGCCGGCGUCGAGGAGAGUGUGAGCAUAACCAUCUUCAAUGCAAAAGCAGAAACCCAUGUCCAGGUGCAGCUGUCUGUGAAGGGGCAGACGGUCACCCACAGCCACGGCUCAGUGCUGGACAAAGGCACCGUAAAAAUAAAGGUUCCCUAUGGGUUAAGAGGCCAGGCGCAUCUGAAGGUGUGGGGGAACCGUCACCUCACGGAGGGCGGAUACAUCUUCCACAACUACACCACCGUCACUGUGGAGAGCAAGGGCACAACUGUCUUCAUCCAGACUGACAAGCCUGUCUACAAACCCAAAAAUAAAGUGCUCAUCAAUGUCUACACAGUCACCCCUGAUCUGAGGCCAGUAAAUGACAAGAUUGAAGCAUAUAUUUUGGACCCAAGAGGAUCCAGGAUGAUCCAGUGGAAGAGUCUUAAAUCUGUCUGCUGUGGGGUUGUGAACACCAGUUUCCCUCUGUCUGACCAGCCUAUAUUUGGAGAGUGGUUUAUCUUUGUAGAGGUGCAGGGCCACACCUAUAACAAGUCAUUUGAAGUGCAGAAAUAUGUGAUGCCCAAGUUUGAGCUGAUGAUAAACCCACCUCGCUAUGUCCGUGACUUGACCUCGUGUGAGCAGGCCACUGUCAGGGCCAGGUAUACCUUUGGGAAACCAGUUACCGGGAAGUUGACAGUGAACAUGACAGUGAAUGGAGUUGGCUACUACCGUCAUGAAAUGGGCCAGCCUGUGAUUAAAAAUAUGGAGAUCAAAGGGUCUGCAAACUUCAGCCUGUGUGUCAAGGACAUGAUGCCCUUGGAAAUAGCGGAUCACUUCCGGGGCACCGUGAGCAUUUGGGCGUCAGUGACCAGCAUAGAUGGAAGCAGGCAAACCACAUUUGAUGACUCCACACCCGUCCAUAAACAGCUCAUUGACAUCAAGUACUCUAAGGACACACGCAAACAGUUCAAGCCUGGUCUGCCUUACAAAGGGAAGAUCGAGGUUACCUACCCUGAUGGCAGCUCCGCAGAUGGGGUGAGGGUGCGUGUUAAGGCAGAGCUCACCCCAAAAGACAACAUCUAUACCAGUGAACUCAUCUCCAAAGAUGGCCAGGCCACCUUUGAGAUCCCCUCCAUCCCCACUGCUGCCCAGUAUGUCUGGCUCGAGACCAAGGUGACAUCUAUUGAUGGGAAGUCAGUAGGAGACCAGUACCUGCCCAGCUACCUGUCCAUCAGUAGUUGGUACUCUCCCAGCAGGUGUCACAUCCAGAUCCAAAGCCCCAGUUCCACUCUCAAGGUUGGCCAAGAAGCAGAGGUGGCUCUCAAGUCCACCUGCCCCUGUAACUUCACCCUGCACUAUGAAGUGGCAUCCAGGGGAAACAUCAUCCUAUCAGGCCAUCAGCCAGCCAACCUGACAGCCUCACACAGAGGAAAAAGGGCCACAGUCACCUUUGACAAAAACAUUCACACCACUGACCUGCCUCCAUCUGACUCCGGUGUUUCAGGCUCCUCCUCUCAGGCUGAGGUGGACACCUGUGUUACGUAUCUACGUUUCCCUGUCAGUCACAGCAUGGCACCUCUUACUCGUUUGCUCAUCUACUACGUGAGGGAAAAUGGCGAGGGUGUCACGGACAGUCUGCAAAUCCCUGUCCAGCCCGACUUUGAGAACCAGGUGUCUGUUUCUCUGUCAACAAAUGACUCUGUGCCAGGGGACCCAGUGACCCUGCAUGUGCGGGGAGAGCCGGGCUCGUGUGUCUGUGUGGCCUCAGUGGAUAAAAGUCUUUACUUGCUAAAGCCUGACUUCCAGCUCAGCCUUGACAAGGUGUUUAGGGAACUGGCAGAUUUUGACGUUUCGGAUGCCUUCGGCGUACCUAAAGAUGACGGACACUUCUGGUGGCCUGGGCUGUCAUCGAAGAGACGGAGACGCUCCUCUGUGUUUCCAUGGCACUGGGACAUCACCAAGGACGCACGCUUCGCUUUCACUGAAUCGGGGCUGGUUGUGAUGACGGAUAUGGUGAGUUUGAACCAUCGGCAGAGCGGAGGAAUGUACACAGACGAGGCCGUUCCUGCAUUUCAGCCUCACAGCUCAACCUUAGUGGCUGCCAUGCACUCUCGCCCCACAACCAGAGCAGAGAAGCGGAGGCGUACAUUUUUCCCAGAGACUUGGGUGUGGCACUGCCUCAACAUCAGCUCUGAAAGAGGGGAAGCCGAGCUUCGACUGGACGUGCCAGAUUCAAUCACCACAUGGGUGACCGAAGCCGUUGGCCUGUCCGAACACAAGGGGCUAGGCCUAGCAAAGAGGGCCGAACUUCGGACCUUCAAACCCUUUUUUGUGGACUUCACGUUGCCGUACAGUUUAAUCAGGGGGGAGCAGACCAAAGUUCCCCUCAGUGUCUACAACUAUCUGCCAAUAUGUUCAGAGGUUCAUGUUAAAGUAUCAGUUCCAAAGGGCAUUAAAUUUGUGGGCCAUCCUGGACGGCACCAUCUUACCAGGAAGAAGUGUGUUGCGCCCGGAGAGGCCACUCCUACAUCCAUCGUACUGUCUUUCACUGAGCUGGGGCCUGCAAACAUCACAGCUCGGGCUAUUGCUUACAGUGAACCCAGCUGCUGUUCAGAUGGACUCCACACUGGGAAAGUGGGCAUUGAUGUGGACGAAAGGGUCCCUGUUGGCCUGGAUUAUGUUCGCAGGACUGUCCUGGUAGAGCCAGAAGGUCUGCCCAGAGAAUACACCUACAGUGUCUUCUUUUGUCCUAAUGAGAGGAUCCACAUCUCCACCCCCAACAAGUAUGAGUAUCAGUAUGUGAAAAAGCCGGCCAGGAUGAACCAGUUCCAGGUGGCAGUAAAGACCCACAACGAUGCCCACUUUGCUCUGUCUGCCAGCCCCCAUGACAGUGCAGAGAUGCUGGAGAUUGUACUCGGGGGAAGGCAAAACACCCGCUCAUGGAUCUGCCUGGGCAAGAUGGGCGAGCCCCUGGUCAGUGCCUCCACACCAGGCAUCCUCUCCUGGGACGAGUUCCGCAGCUUCUGGAUUAGCUGGAGGGGAGGCGUUGUACAGGUUGGACAUGGUUUACAUCCCUCCAAUGAAUCAGUGAUCCUCCACUGGGCAGGCCAAUUCCCUGGACAGGUGCGACACAUAGGCUUCUCAACAGGCUGGGGCUCAGUUGGAGAAUUUAAGAUCUGGAGGAAGGAGGACUCUGAAGAGAACCACAAUGAGGCUUUUACGCUGGGCGUCCCUCACAACAUGGUGCCUGGAUCUGAGAGGGCUACUGCAUAUAUGAUUGGGGACGUCAUGGGGCCAACACUUAACAACCUGGACAAGCUGUUGAGGCUGCCAUUUGGAUGUGGGGAGCAGAACAUGAUCCACUUUGCCCCCAAUGUCUUUGUUCUCAAGUACCUACAGAAGACCAGGCAGCUCAGCUCCGAGGUUGAGAAUGAAGCAACCGACUAUCUGCUGCAAGGCUACCAGAGACAACUGACCUACAAACGGCAGGAUGGAUCCUACAGUGCCUUCGGCGAGAGGGAUUCCUCUGGCAGUAUGUGGUUGACAGCGUUUGUGCUGAAGUCCUUUGCUCAAUCUCGGGGUUUCAUCUUCAUUGACCCUGAGGAGCUUCGGGAAGCCAAGUCCUGGCUCAUCAAACAUCAACGGGAGGAUGGCUCCUUCCCUGCCAUGGGACGUAUCCUCAACAAAGACCUGCAGGGAGGGAUCCAUGGGAAGAUCUCACUUACAGCUUAUGUGGUAGCAGCUCUGUUGGAGACGGGGAUAACCACAGAGGAAGAGAAGGUGGCAGUGGCCAAAGCCAAGAAUUUUCUGGAGAGCAACACCUACUCUGCCGAUGAUCCUUACACCACCGCCCUGUCAGCAUAUGCCUUGGCUCUGCUGCGCAGCCCUUACGCCCCGCUGGCCUUGCGCCGCCUCAACCACAUGGCCAUCACUCAAGAUGGACUCACCCACUGGAGUCUGACGGGCAGCACAAUGACAGAUGAGGACACUUUCAUGGGCUUCAGUGACGGCCUCUCUCAGUCAGUGGUGUCAGCAGAGGUGGAGAUGACAGCCUACGGUCUUCUGACCUACACCCUCUUGGGGGAUGUGGCCUCUGCCUUGCCUGUAGUCAAAUGGCUUUCCCAACAAAGGAAUGCCCUGGGCGGCUUCUCCUCCACACAGGACACAUGUGUGGCUCUGCAGUCUCUGUCCGAAUAUGCCAUCCUGUCCUAUGUGGGAGGGGUCAACCUCACGAUCUCGCUGGCCUCCACCAACCUUGACUUCCAAGAAACCUUUGAACUUCACAGAGACAACAAGAAACUCCUUCAGAGUGCUAAGAUCCCCAGUAUCCCCACUGGCCUUUUUGUGAGCGCUAAAGGAGAAGGCUGCUGUCUCAUGCAGAUUGAUGUGUCUUACAAUGUACCUGACCCAGUAUCCAAGCCAGCAUUCCAGCUCAAAGUGGACCUGAAAGAACCUGUUCAGGAGCGACACCUGCAGCCUCCCUCUGUCUCCUCAUAUUCCCGUCAUUCUUCCCCGCGCUCCCGGAGCCGUGCAGACAAUCGCUCUGAGCUCAACCGGAAGCGCCGAGCGCCCAUCGAUGAUGAUGACCCAGCAGCACACCAGGACAAAAUGGACUUUCACAUCUCCCUAGAAGUUUGUGCUAGGUGGCUCCAUUCAGGCUCGUCCAACAUGGCCGUCAUAGAAGUGCCCAUGAUUUCUGGUUUUCGAGCAGAUGUGGAAAGUCUAGAGAGGCUGCUGAUGGAUAAGAGAGUGGGUCUGAAGAGAUACGAGCUGAAUGGGAGAAAAGUCUUGUUCUACUUUGAUGAAAUUCCCAGCCAGUGUGUGACGUGUGUGGCCUUUCAAGCAAUCAGGGAAUACAUUGUAGGCAAGACGGCGCCUGUUCCGGUCAAGAUCUACGACUACUACGAACCAGCCUUCGAGGCGACCCGCUUCUACAACGUGAGCGAGAGCAGUCCGCUAGCACGGGAGCUUUGUGAUGGGCCUACCUGCAAUGAGGUGGAGAGUUCAACCAGCCAGUGGACAGGUUUUGUGCAAGCAAACCAGUGCAACAAUGUGUUCGGCUGCCUGGAAGAGGAGCAGUUUGAGCGUUGCACUUGCUACAGAGACUGCGGUUACGAUGGGGAGCCAGUGUGCGGAUCAGAUGGGCAGCUCUACCAGAACCAGUGUCAAAUGGAGGUGUUUGCCUGUCGAAAUGGGACUCGCAUUAAGCAGGUUCCAAUGUCCCAGUGUCCACACGUGGAGACCAUGGUAGAGGACAGACAACCAACAGCAAACCAGGAAACUGAGCAGCCCUCAGUGCCUGUACACACAGGUGAAGAGGACCAGGGCUCCAUGGCGGAAGUGUCCUACUACUCCUAUGAAUACGACCCAGAUUCUGAUCCUUUCCCUGCUGAUGCAGACGGAGGGGACCGCUUUGACCUUCAUGAAGGUGGAGGGGAUGUACAGCAGAAAGUGCUCUUGCCGGCAGAUACCCAGCUUCCCGCACUGGACACAAAAAACACCCCUGAACGAUGAAACCUUCACAGAGUGAAGCAUUACCCAUCUCCAAAUUGUACAUUAUUUGUGAAUAUGCUAGUGAAUGGAAAGAGAAGAGGGACUCUGGAGUUGCUCAGCCUGAAAGGAGGAGAGAUGGUGGGGUCUGGGGAGUGACAGAGUGUGGCUGUGUGCGAGAAUGUGUGUGUUGUUAGGUGUGAGAUUGUUUUGAAUGGUAGAGCAGAUGCAUUUAUAUACUGUGUGUGUGUGUGUGUGUGUGUGUGUGUCUGUGCUUGGGUGUGAGUGUGAGUGUGUCCUCCAGACUUUUAUUUUUCUUCUACAGACUCCUGGUCACCAAUAGGCACCAUAGCAUCCUCUUGUUAUUCACUGUACUGCCUUUAUAAUCACUAGAAGAAAUAAUCAAGUAUUUAUAUUUGUAAUUACACCUGACUUAAAGCAAAAUAUUUUGUUAUAUUUUCUAUCUGUGGUAUUUAUUUGUAGCUAGAAGUCAUAUUAUUAUUAUUUUAUAUUUCAUUGUCAUUGUCUGCCAUACACUCGACAUUUUGCCCUCGUUAUUUUUGUUUGUUUAAACAACAGGAUACCUUUUGUGCUAUCAAAGGCUUUUUUUAUUCAUAGCAAGCUUUAACCCAAUUAUUGAAAUGUUUGAUGAUAUUCUGGUGCUGGUAUCCUGCUGGAAGAAGACAUAUGCAAACCAUAUGCUUUACAGAAACAUAAGCUGAAAAUGUUUUUCAUUUUUGAGAUUUUUGGGGCGUUUUUGCCUUUUAUUACACAGCACAUCAGAAAUUGACAGGAAACAUGCGGAGUGAGAGGGGGACAGAGCUGCAGCAAAGACUCAAACUAAUGGAAUUUACAGUUUCAAGACAAGAGAUGUGUCUUUUCACCAGUGGUGCACCAGCUGACAUGUCAUGAAACUAUUGUAUCAAGACAUGGACAUCACUUACUCUCAAGUAGUCACCUUUUCACCUUACCUACCUUGAGAUUUGAUUGUACAGUUCAUAAGCUAUUGUGUAUUUUUCUUUUUCUUUUUUUGUCGUUACAUUUUUUGGAUUUGUGAAGCAAUCAACUUACAAAACAAAAAUCAAGAAUGAAGUUAUAAAUUUGUGUAAAUGUACCAAAUUUGAUUCAACAAAGCCCAAAUUCGUGUCAAAUAUUGUGCUUUCUAAAACAAACAAGAAUAAAGUUUGUAAACAAGG